AUGCUGUUCGCUCAAUUGCGGAGCCAGGCGCUCUCGCUCGAGAAGCAGACGGAACUGCUUCUUUCCAAGUACUCGAAGUUCCAGGCCGACGUCGGCGAGUCCACCGGCGAGAGCGCCGACGAGGCCGCCACCAAGCUCCAGCUCCACGACGUGUUGGCGAAGCGCGACGAGGUGGUGGCGCGCCUCGCCGUCGUCAGCGACAGCGAGCUGGUGCUGACCUCAAAGCUCCAGCAGCUCACCCGCCACCGUGAAGUACUUGCCGACCACCGCCGCCUGGCCCAGCGCAUCGAGCUGGCGCUCCAAGAACACCGCCAGCGCAACAACCUCAUGUUUCUGGUGCACCUGGGGCUCGAGGCGCACCGCCAGCGCAACGCCCAGGACCGCGAGGGGCUCAACGCCACCGACUACGCCCUCGACGAGCGCCAGCGCGUCGACGGCGCCAACUCGCUCGCCGACCGCUUGCUCCAGCUGGCGUACGAGACGAGGGAAGAGCUUUGGGCCCAGCGCCAGUACUUACAGAGCGCCCAGCAGCGGAUGAUGGGGACGUUGGCGCUGGUGCCCGGGAUCAACACGUUGAUCCUGAAGAUCGGCACCCGCCGCAAGCGCGACACCAUUAUCUUGGCGACGGUGAUUGCCGUGUGCAUCAUCUUAUUAGUGUGGCUUUAG